GCUGGGUAGCGGCCGCGGGGGCGGGCUGGAGGGCUGAGGGCGUCGGAGCUGCUCUCGACGCGUUCGGCGGCGCAAGAUGGCGGACAUCUCCCUGGACGAGCUCAUCCGGAAGCGCGGAGCGGCGACGAAGGGCCGGCUCAGCACCAGACCAGGAGUUGGAGGCGUCCGAUCCCGCAUUGGGAUCCAGCAGAGUAGUCUGCUUAGCCAGUCAGCGCGCACAGCCACUUUCCAGCAGAGAUUUGAUGCCCGGCAGAAGAUUGGCCUCUCAGAUGCCCGCCUCAAGCUGGGAGUCAAAGAUGCUCGGGAAAAGCUUUUGCAGAAAGAUGCUCGGUUUCGGAUCAAAGGGAAAGUGCAGGAUGCCAGAGAGAUGCUUAACUCUCGCAAGCAGCAGAGUACAGUGCCACAGAAGCCCCGCCAGGUGGCAGAUGCCCGGGAGACUAUCAGCUUGAAGAGAAGGUCCCCUGCUGCCUUCACAAGCCCUCCCAUUGGGACGGUGACCCCUGCUCUGAAGCUCACCAAAACCAUCCAGGUUCCACAGCAGAAGCCCAUGGUACCACUUCAUACCCAUCCUGCUGGAAUGAGGAUCAACGUUGUCAAUAACCACCAGGCCAAACAGAAUUUAUAUGACCUAGAUGAAGAGGAUGAUGUUUUAGCACCCAUUCCUGCUAAACAGAUGAAGUUUUCAGCCUCAGGAGGCUUUCUUCACCAGACGGCUGGGCUGAGCAGUUCCAAGCUCUCCAUGUCCAAGGCCCUCCCUCUCACCAAAGUAGUUCAGAAUGAUGCGUACACUGCUCCUGCUCUCCCCUCUAUUCGAACAAAGGCCUUGACCAACAUGUCCCGGACACUGGUGAACAAGGAGGAGGCCCCCAAAGAGCUGCCAUCUGCUGAGACUGUUCUCAGCCCUUUGGAAGGUACCAAGAUGACUGUGAAUAAUCUGCACCCCCGAGUCACUGAAGAGGACAUUGUUGAGCUUUUCUGUGUGUGCGGAGCACUUAAGCGAGCUAGACUGGUCCAUCCUGGGGUGGCAGAGGUGGUUUUUGUGAAGAAGGACGACGCCAUUACAGCAUAUAAAAAAUACAACAACCGGUGUCUGGAUGGGCAACCAAUGAAGUGCAACCUUCACAUGAACGGCAAUGUCAUCACCUCUGAGCAGCCCAUCCUGCUGCGGCUGAGUGACAGCCCCGCAGUGAAAAAGGAGAGCGAGCUGCCCCGGAGGAUGGCUCCGGCCUCCUCCUCCGCCCCUGCCGCUGAGGUGGACCCUGACACCAUCCUGAAGGCGCUCUUCAAGUCCUCGGGGGCCUCGGUGACCACGCAGCCCACAGAAUUCAAAAUCAAACUUUGAGCAGGGCAGAAACACAAGGGUGGCUCUGUCUGCCAAGGCAAAGCUCGUGACCAAUGGGCCCUUGGACUGAAGCUCUGAACAUGGGGAGGGCUUCCUCACUGGACGGGGCCUGCCUUUCUGUGUUCUUCUACCCUGUGCGCUUCUGUACAUUAACGUUUCUUGUAGUUCAUUUCUUCUCCCCUCCACCUCUUCACCAACGUAGGCCUGUGUGUGUCAGCGGGAGCCUCCCCUCCCCUCUGCCCAAGCUGAUUUUUUCCUCUAGAAAUGGUGCGCUGAAUUCUCUGGGUGGCAUUCCUGUGGCCAAUGGGAAGCUUCCUUCCAUGCAGGGCGGCACUGUUUGGGGAGGUUGCCUUCCCUUCUAAGUUCUUCAAACACUGCAGAGGGGUCCUGCAGUGCUGGUGGGCACGGUCUCACCUUGAAAGCCCAUCCACCUGGCCAGUGGAGGAGCAGGGAUCAGUUUCCAGGCCUCUCAUUGGUCUGCAGAGGGCCUUUGGCAAGAGCAGGAUGGGCUGUGGCUCUGCACAGAGCUGUGCACCACCAGCUCAGGCAUCCCGGCGUGAAAUCCCAGAGCCAUAUUUUCCGUGUUCCUCAAGCUGUGCCGAAUGCCCAGUCUGGUCUCCCGCGCCUUGUGAGGAUCACUGCUGGGCCCUCUUGGCCCUCACCUGCCAUGGAGGUCAUCACAGGCUAGCUUUGGU